AUGCUCUCCAAGUUGGAUGAUGCACCCGACCCACAAAUACGACAACUACGCCAACAAUUCAUUGGUCCAUCUGAAGUAGAAGAUGCUAUUCGACGAGCCAUUCACACCCAACUGGAAAAUGCCCCACUUCGUCUGAUCAACACCUCUACUGGACGUUUGUGCAAUCGAGAUGCGCAGAUCAAUGCAUUCACGGAGAGCACAGAGUACAAAGAGCUUCUACAUUCGUUGGUGAUGCAUGCUCCCCUCCAAAGGGAACCCAUCAAAGAAGCAGUCGCGAAGUACUUCAGUUGGGUCAUGUUAUCUCAUAGGUGGGAAAGGAACGAGCUGCUGCUGCAAGAUAUUCAGGGCAGGGACAUAUAUGACUUGGAUGCCGUUGGGACUGUGGUGAAGUUGCAGAAGUUCUGCAAAGUCGCACGUGAUAUGGGGCAUCAUUGGGCGUGGAGCGAUACAUGCUGCAUCGACCAGAACAACAAUGUUGAGGUCCAGCAAUCAGUCAACACCAUGUUCGUCUGGUAUCACCAUUCAGUGCUCACCAUCAUCUACCUAUCGGACGUGCCUCCUUCGUCAAAGUCUGGCGCGCUCGCAAACAGCAUCUGGAACACGCGAGGAUGGACCGUUCAAGAGUUCCUUGCUCCAAAGAUUGUUCUCUUCUACCAAGCAGAUUGGACCCCAUAUCUCGACGACCGCUCACGCAACCACAAGCAGUCUGUCGUUAUCAUGAGGGAGUUGGAGCGUUCAACGGGCAUAAAUGCGCGGGCGCUCGUCGACUUCCAUCCCGGGACAAGAGAUGCACGAGAGAAACUUCGAUGGGCGUCAAACCGUGACACCACGAGGGAGGAAGACAUCGCCUACUCUUUGUUUGGCAUCUUUGAUGUCCACCUCCCUGUUAUCUACGGAGAGAGAAGACAAAAGGCGCUCGGACGACUCUUGCAGGAGAUUAUAGCCCAUUCGGGCGACAUUUCGGCCCUUGACUGGGUGGGACAAUCGUCGAACUUCAACAGCUGUCUCCCAGCUGAGAUUUCAUCAUACAAGGCUCUGCCAUGCAUGCUGCCAUCUGUAUCUGAACACGACAUGCAGGUAUUGGUCUCCAGGCUGCGGAACAAUAUUGUCGCUGUGAAGUCUGCUUCGAAACUGUAUACCCUCCUGGAGAAUCUUAGCGUUCCUCGUUUUGCUCAUGGCAGAUUGCAAUUGCCUUGCAUCGCAUUUCCUCUCACCGAAGUCAGGCAGAGUGCCGGUGGAGACGGGGACAAAUGUUUCACAUAUGAAGUCAAGGCAGAUGGGCUACAAGACCUGCAGGUCAGAACGGAAGACAGGCUUGUUCAAUUCUCGCCUGCAAGGCGUACUCGCCAGACAUUCCUGCUCGUCCGUCCGUGGAAUCGAUAUGAUCUCGGGCUGAUUAAUUUUGCAGACGAGACGCAGAGCGUACAAGAUUGGCCCGAGCCCGAGUCUCCUGGACACAACGAGCAAACUACGCGAGAGUUGAGGCUGAUCGUUCGGCUCGGACAGCCUUUUGGCGGACUUUUGCUUGCGCAGCAGUGGGGUGGGGAGUAUAAGAGAAUUGCUUCGGAUAACAAUAUUAUCGCGCAAGUGAGGGACAUGACUUGUGUUGAUAACAUCAAGGACAUCAGGAUGCUAGAGAUAUUAUAG